CGUAAGGACGGCGGACUGCCUUGGGGCCCAAGUGAAAAAGGCCUACCUCUCCUGAGUGAGGGUCUUCAGGAGUUCUUUGGGGCUAGAGGAGUCCUGAAACCAUGGAUCACCCACAUCUACUUUGAGAGAUGCUUUAGAUUUUUUUUCUGGAAGCCCUGAAACUACCCUAAACUUGUAUGUGUUGUAGAACAAAUCUAUGUUCUAGAGGCUGGAAAGCCCAAUAUCCAGGUGCUGGCAUCUGGCAAGGGCCUUCUUGCUGCGUCUUCUCAUGGCGGAAGGUGAGAGGGCAAGAGAGAAAAAGAGAGGCCAAUGGUGGCAGAGCCUGCAUAGAGUUAUGCUUCGUGGUGUUCUGGGAAAAACCUUUCGACUUGUUGGCUAUACUGUUCAGUAUGGCUGUAUAGCUCAUUGUGCUUUUGAGUACGUUGGUGGUGUUGUCAUGUGUUCUGGACCAUCUAUGGAGCCUACAAUUCAAAAUUCAGAUAUUGUCUUUGCAGAAAAUCUUAGUCGUCAUUUUUAUGGUAUCCAAAGAGGUGACAUUGUGAUUGCAAAAAGCCCGAGUGAUCCAAAAUCAAAUAUUUGUAAAAGAGUAAUUGGCUUGGAAGGAGACAAAAUCCUCACCACUAGUCCAUCAGAUUUCUUUAAAAGCCAUAGUUAUGUUCCAAUGGGUCAUGUUUGGUUAGAAGGUGAUAAUCUACAGAAUUCUACAGAUUCCAGGUACUAUGGACCUAUUCCAUAUGGACUAAUAAGAGGACGAAUCUUCUUUAAGAUUUGGCCUCUGAGUGAUUUUGGAUUUCUACGUGACAGCCCUAAUGUCCACAGAUUUUCUGAUGAUUAGCAAGCAUUUAUACUUUUGAUGUGUUUGUGUCCUGUUCAAGUGAACUUAUUACUGCCAUUGAAACCGUGUAUUUACUAAUAAACUAUUUGCUAUUCA